CAUAUACUAACAGAUAUGCUACGAGGUUGCGACUGCCGAAUUCCGACGGCGGAGCAAUCGCCUCCGCCUAAGUCUGCCAAACGCAAAGCCUCUCAAUUGAAUCAUCAUUAUCACCAUACCUCGAGAAAGGAAAAGUUAAUCGCACCAAAAACCGGAACUGAAUCAGAGACUGAAACCCUAACCCUAACCCGAUGUUCGACUGUCUCUACCGCCACUUUCACUUCUCAUCAGAUUUAUCGGAAGCAAAAACACCGUAGGAAAAGAAAAAGAAAAUUGCCAAUUACUGGAGACUAUCGCCAGUGGACUUACUCCACUCGUGAUUUCUCAUAUUGCAAAGAUAGGGUAGUCUUUGUAUCAUAUAAUAUCUUAGGUGUGGAAAAUGCAGCAAAGCAUCCGGAUUUGUACAAUAAUAUCUCACCAAAAUAUUUGGAUUGGGAUUAUAGGAAGCGGAUUUUGCACAAGGAAAUUAAGAAUUACAAGCCAGGAGUUAUUUGUUUUCAGGAGGUUGAUAGAUUUGAUGAUUUGGAUGAUCUUCUUAAAAGAGAUGGUUUUAGGGGAGUAUACAAGGCGCGAACUGGUGAAGCUUCAGAUGGCUGUGCUAUAUUUUGGAAUACUGAACUGUUUACCCUAUUGCAUGAAGAAAGCAUAGAGUUCCAGACUUUUGGACUUCGCAAUAAUGUUUCGCAGCUUUGUAUUUUCAGAAUGAACCAAAGCCAGCUGCUUAUGGACAUGAAUUCUCAAGCACCAAAAUAUUCAUCCUCCAGAACCUUUCUUGUUGGCAACGUACAUGUACUAUUCAACCCAAGCCGUGGAGACAUCAAACUAGGCCAGAUGCGACUUUUUCUUGAAAAGGCUCAUAAACUAUCACAAGAAUGGGGUGGCAUACCAGUUGUGAUUGCUGGGGACCUCAAUAGUAUGCCACAGAGUGCUAUGUAUCAGUUUCUGACUUCAUCUGAGUUGGAUGUCCAACAGCAUGAUCGAAAACAAAUAUCUGGCCAGAUUUGUCCACUAGAGGACCCAGGCUUUCACUGUAGGAGUAGCCAUGCUGCGAGUUUUUAUUCAUCAAAAAAGCCAUUAAUGCAUAGAUGGAGUCAAGAUGAACUUAGGCUGGCCGCUGGAUCUGCAGUUAGUCACGUGAGGCACCCAUUGAAAUUAUGCAGUGCUUAUGUAGGAGUUCCUGGAAGCACUAGAAGCAGGAAUAACAUCGGAGAACCCUUGGCAACAUCAUACCACUCCAAAUUCAUGGGAACUGUUGAUUAUAUAUGCAUUUUUUGCAGUGUAAAAUAUGUUGUCAGACGACAUGAGCUGAUGCAGGCAUACAGGCGAGCUUCUUCCUGUCAAAGUUCUUGAAACAUUGCCCAUCAACAGAUUGAAGGAAACAGGUGGACUCCCAAGCAAGAGAUGGGGAAGUGAUCAUCUAGCUCUGGCAUGCGAACUUGCUUUUGCUGAUCAUGGAACUGAGGAAUGACUUCCCACAUCCUGUGCUAUCUUUUCGAGCAUGUUGUUACUUCUGCUGCAGAGAUUAUGCAGAACGAGACGUUUGAUAAUUGUCUCUGCAGUCAUACACAGAAACAUCCUCACCUUACAUCAGGAUGCGCAGACAGCAGAAGUUGCGGCGGUAUCUUGCUGGAAGAACAAUGUGUAGGGUGUAGCUUAAAUUGUAACAUUAUGACUGCAACUACUUGAUUUAAAAGUCAUAGGAUUAGCCAGGCGUAGUUUUUUUAAUCUUUAUCCAAAAGAAAAUGGAUAUUCAUCAUCUAUUAAGCAAGCGAUACGUUACUUUCUUGAGGGAAAAA